AUGACAAAGAGGAGAAGCCUCUUUAUGGUUGGUUCUAGCUCAACAAUAGAUCAUCUACCCCCAGAGAUAUGGCUUUUUAUCUCGAAGUUACUCAAGGCGUCAGACUUGUACAACCUAUGUUUAGUUAAUAGGAGGUUGUAUUUAACAAUCACGGCUGAUGGAAUUUGGAAAAAGAGGUGCUAUGACCGAUGGAUUAAUCAAGAACACUUAGAUAUUUUAACCGGUAAUGACUACGAUCCUAUACCGAUUUCCCGAUGGCAUUCUUACUACUUACGAAGGGCAAAAUGGGAAAAUAGAAUCCUUUCUUUAUUAUGCGAAUUAACCGAGGAAACAGACCCUCAACAUUUUAGGGAGAAAUAUUUACACAUCCUUCAAUUUCGACAUUACAAAUUGGCCACGUUCCUCCAUAGGAUCAUCAAACAAGGCUACAUCCCUAAUAAAAGACCACUUGAUUUACUCACCUAUGCCAACUAUUUGCUGAAAAACCUAAGACAUAAAUAUGUUUUCCGUUUAUUUUAUCCAACGAAUGCCACGGAACUGAAAAACCUAAAUACAAUGGCCUCAAGAGAUGCGGAAAUGAUAUAUCUAAGACUAUCCGCCAUCGAUACGUCUUUUGAUGAUUUACUGGAUUCCAGAGAGUUUGUAUUGAAUGGCAUAUGUUCUGAUUUGCUACACAAGUAUAAAAAAAUAGAAGAUUUCUUGAAAUUACGCCCAGUGACCAGAGUCUCUAUAUUAAUCUCAAUUAGUACAGAAUACCUCGAUUGCUUUCCACAACUUAAUGAUAUAGAGGAUCAAAUGAGCGAUGAAGGUACAAAAAGAGAGCUGCAUAGGGAGGACUUCAUGCUACUAAGAGUAUAUUCUCGAGAAAGUCGAGGCUAUAAAACCAUUAUCCUGGCAAUUAUACAAGCCAUCGCCAAAAGGUAUAACGUUGAAUCAUACCUUGCCCGAGAUCAUUUGGUAGUGUCUGAACCUGAUUUCCCAAGUGGACAGGCUUUUGUAACUGUCAAUGAAGAUUUUCAGCCAUACAUUUUCAACAAAGAAGAUCUUCUAAGUGUUUGGUCAAGUAAUUUUCCCAACACGGAAAAUUUUGAGAAUGCAGCCUUACCGGCGUUAUUAGAACCAAUGUCAAUGCAACAUCUACUGACGGAAUUCUUUCGUACAUUACUACGAUGUAAACCAAGACCAUUUGAGGAAUAUCCCAAUAGAGCCUAUGGAUUACAUGAUAUGUUUCCCUAUGGAGUUGUGGAAGUUCCAAGGGACGUAAUCAUGUAUUUUGCAUUCAUAUACGAUCUUUUUGAUGGUAUGUUUGAAUCUGGAAUGACAAAUCUGCGCGGCCAGAUGUUGAGAGAUUUAUUGAAUUACGUUAACGCAAAUAAUUUUGGUGAUUUGAGUAUUAUCAUUGGCCAAAAUGCCCUCCAAGAACCAGAUGAUUGCUGGUCCAACAAGAGAAAUUAUGUCCUUUUGGAUGACGAUGGGAAGAUCGGGUACUUCUAUCAGGAUAUUGAAACCGAAGAUGCCCUAUGUGUUUUAAAUCAAUAUGAGGUGGACGGCAAGGUAUUUAUAACAACAAUGGAUAUUUUGGGUGACAUAAGAGUACGUCUGGCUGAGGGACUGAUGCCUUUUCAGGGUGAUUAUGAUGUGUUGUGGGAGAGUUUCUCUCCAGUGGUUCCGCGAACUGACUGGGGGCUCUUUUUCAGAGGUUAUGACAAAGAGAAGCAGAGGAUGCAAUUAAGCGCUUACACACAACAAAAGCUUUUCAAUCUUGUAGAUAGCGAACAGCCCUUACAUAACUUAUAA